AUGUCUUCACACUCUUUAUCUGAAAUGCAUGAGAUUUUUGAAGUGGUAUUAUUUCUAUUUGCUAUCAAUGCAGCUUCAAAGACGGCUCGCUGGAGAGUGAAAGAUGUAAGGUUAAGGCAAUGGCUGAUCAUGGAAGAAUUCUUCGGUCUUUACAAGUUCCAAGAUACCCAAUAA